AUGGCUCAGCGAUCCAAAGAGGGUCUUGGCCUCGGAAACGAGAGCACGCCACUUUUCCCUAUCCGGCGCCGUUUCCUGCCAAUUAUCGGCUUGAAGCUGACGCAGAUCCGCUUCCACACUCUCCCCAGCGGUAUCUGGGCAGACCUACCGGGCGGCCACCAGUCGGUCUUCCCAACGGACGGCGUAGUCAUCUGUUACUACGGAGAAUGGGCCAACGAGAGAAAUGGGGUCGGCCGCUUCGGCAUCAGUGACCUGCCCACUGAUCUCUGCACCCAUAUUGUCUAUUCUUUCCUCUUGCCUAACGGAACCACGGGAGGCAUUAUUCCUCCUACACAAACUACUUACGAAGGAAAGGGCAAUUCUGUUGCUGACCUCAUUGCGUUAAAAGAGCAGAAUGCCGAUUUGAAAAUCAUGGCUGCUAUUGGUGGUUGGAAUGAAGGCUCAACUAACUUCUCAACGGUUGUCAACAACGAUACUUUGAGGGCAAUCUUCGUCAGUAACUUGUACAACUAUAUUGAUUCCAACGGCUUCGAUGGUUUGGACCUGGACUGGGAGUACCCUGCACAAAGAGAUGGAGUAGAUACUGAUAAGGAACAAUUCGUGACUUUAGCCAAGGAGUUGAAGGAAGCAUUCGCAGAGAAAUCUUAUCUGUUGACCGCUGCCGUCGCCGUCACCCAGUCCAACAUCGAUUUAUCCUACAACGUCACCGGACUUAACGAAUACCUGGACUACUUCAACCUGAUGCUGUACGAUUUCUACGGCUCUUGGAAUACCGAGACUGGAGUAAACGCGCCCCUCUAUGCUCAGUUAACUGACGCCGCCGACUUAAAUUUUAAUGUUAACAACUCUGUCAACGUCUGGAUCAACAACGGCGCGACCCCCUCCAAGCUGGUGUUGGGCAUGGGAGCGUAUGGAAAGACCUUUAAUCUGACCAGUCUGAACAACACUUCAACCGGAGCGCCAAUCACCGGUGCUGGAGCAGGUGGCCCUUAUGUUGCAGAAGAUGGAACUUACAGUUACUAUGAGAUUUGUGAAGACCAACUGAACAACUCCGCAGAAUGGAACAUUACCGAGGUAGAGGGCAACUACGUGUAUGCUAAUAAGGACCUCUUCUGGGUCGGCUACGACAACCCCAACACUAUUAAGGCUAAGGCACAAUACGCCAAAAGCAUGGGCCUGGGAGGCAUCAUGUACUGGGCUGUAGACUUGGAUGACUUCGGUGGCCUCUGCGGAGACAAGUACCCUCUUAUCUCAGCGGGCAUCGCUGGGUAUAACUCUGCUUAACUUUA